AUGGUACUUAGACUUGGAACGCUCAAUGUUGGAUCACUGACUGGCCGCAGCAUGGAAAUCGCAGAAGUGCUCGAAUGUAGAAGGAUUGACAUCUGCUGCCUUCAGGAAACCCGAUGGAAAUCGAAUGGUGUCUGUCAUGUCAACUCAGACAGAGAAAAAUAUAAACUAUUCUGGAAUGGUCAAAAGACGGCCAAAAAUGGUGUUGGAAUUUUUGUCAGAGAACCGCUAGCCCAAGAAGUACUGGAUAUUAAUAGGAUUAAUUCACGUCUCAUGUGGAUCAAGCUUCGCAUAGAAAAGCAAACAAAGAUUAUUUUUUCUGCAUACGCACCACAGACAGGCGAAUCAGAAGAGAUCAAAAAUGAUUUCUGGACUGCAUUCUCUGACACCAUCUCAACAAUACCAAAAUCUGAAACAAUCCUGAUUGGAGGCGAUCUCAAUGGCCACGUUGGAGAGAAAACAGAUGGUCUUGACAAUGUACAUUGCGGUUUUGGCUAUGGAAAACGAAAUGAAGAUGGCAACCGCAUCCUUGAAUUUGCUGAAAGUCACGGGUUUUGUUCACUGAACUCAUAA